CUAAUAGAUAACAUUAUCCUCAGUUUACCUCCUCCGCCACCACUCUACAAGCUCAUGCCCCAAUAUUAUAUUUAACUAAUAUUUAACUCUCACCCCAUCACUCUGGCACGUUUAGAAGCCUUUUUCUCGAAUUCAACAAUGGUCGAUGAAAUGACACUAAGAGCAGGGAAUUUAACAUUAAGGGGCUGUUUAUGGUUAAUGUUAUGUGUUGCUAACUUUACUCAGUAUGUCAGCCUAAUCUGUAAUCUGUUCCCUAAAUCUACUAAUUUAGUUGGGGAUAAUCCACUAACAUGCUUUAUUAUACAUGUUAAUUUAAUUCAGAUGUGCUGAUUAUUUACAAACUUAUUCUUUAAAUGUCUUGCCCUUUAAAAGUGCAUCAUAAUCUGUCUAUUCUGCUGCAACUUGGCUGGGCUGCUAGUAUUUGCUGCUAUCGAAAGGCUCCACAGUCCGCCAUUGCUGAAAGAAAUGACGCAGUUAUCUCUCUACAUGGCUCUGGGCUCUGUGAAGCGCCUUUCAAAGUUGAAGCCCUUGCAAGAAGAAAGUAUAACAAAUGCUGAACUCCUUAGCCUCCGACAAAUUGAACUUGAACAAGUGAGAUAAGAAAGUGGCCAAUCUUCUCAAUAUUGUAAACCUGGACCACCUGUUUUGAAGCAUCAUCAGUUACAGAAUUCUGUUUCAUUAUAAGUGAUAAAUUCACCAAGAACUGUUUUGUAAAAUUGUUUUGUGUUUUCAAUUAGAGAGUGGUGCUGUAAGAUUAUAUCAUGGUUGAUAACUUGAGGACAUAACUUGAGGAACUGGUAACACCUCCCAUCAGAGUUAUGAAUUAUCCUGCUUGGAAUGUAAUUUAACUAGUUUUACUGGAACCGAAAAUAAAAGCAAGGACAGCACCAGUUUAUUCUUGGACUCAAGGUGAACACUGGUAAACGUAUGUGCUUCUGGAUAAGAGGAAAGAUGUUAAAGGGACUACAGUACAGAAAUGGAAAUUAUACGAAGAUGCUUCGGUCUGAAAAGAUGCCUUUUGGAGAUCUAUUAACAACACUGCUCAUCCUGAUGAAGACAGAACCGGACUUUCUUACUGAUGAUUCAUUCUGGACUCAGAAAAAUGAAGAUUUCCUGUUAAAUACUCAGGGUAGGAGCAGGAGGAGAAAAGGACUGGAGAUGAACUCAGACAAGUAUAUCUUUAUGUAAGCUAUUGUCUAUUUCCUUAACAUUGAAGCGUCUCUAAAGACAAAAUGCCUACAGACUGAUAUUACCAAAACUCUGUACUCAUAUAUGCAAACUCUCUUUUUUCCAUUAUUAUUAUUAUUAUUAUUAUUAUUAUUAUUAUUAUCAUUGGCAAUUAUUUUUAUAUUUGUCAUUUUCUUCGACGUGAGAUUUGACUAAAGCAAAUUUUGUCAAAUAGCAUUGUCCCAUUUAUAAACACAUAAAAUGACAUCUUGAAUUUGAUGUAAUUCAUUCAAAAUAAUAUAUUUAUUUAUUUAUUUGAUCUUUUUUAUUGAUUUACUGCUGCUUUCCCAUUGGUUAUUUUAAUGAGGGCCUGUCUCUUAACCAAGAAUGCUUCCGGGAGGAGGAGUACAAAGCAUGCUUUUGGCGCGAAAGCGCAGCUUUUUUGCCGACCAAACGUUACGGUGAAGUUCGACGGACAAAUUUUAUUCAGAAUUAGCUGUAUCCCUUUAUGAAGAUGGAAAGGAUCAACCGUGCUGUGCUCCAUGAAGCCUUGACAUCUCUUGGCUUGCAGCAGGAGGGUUUGCCCAUCAUCUCAGAAGAGGUGACCAUGGCAGUACUGGACAACUUGCUCCUCAACACCCCCCCUCCCUCUCCUGCCUCUCCUGAUGCAAAUACUUCAGAGAACUCCAGCAUCAGCCCACAGACAAUCAUUGUGUCAAAGGUGAACGUUCGAUGCCAACUUGAUCUGGUGACAAUAGCACAGAAGGCCAAAAAUGCCAAGUACAAUCCCAGAAUGCUCCCUUUGGCUGUAAUGAAUCUACGAGAGCCCAGAACAUUUGCCUUGAUUUCGAAAUCAGGAGAAUUCUGGUGCGUAGGAGCUGAAAGCGUGGACCAGUCCCGCCUGGCAGCUGGAAAAUUCAUCAGAAUUCUACAGAAACUGAGAUUUCCAGCCAGAUUUUGGCAGUGUGAAACCUUCUUUUGCAGAGAGUAUGAUGUCAACUUCCCAGUUCGUUUGGAACUCCUUCAACUUAGACAUCCCUGCUUCUUCCGUUAUGAGCCUGAGCUAUUUCCUGGCUUAGUCUACGAGAUGAGUCCCAAAAGCACACUCAAGAUCUAUGCCUCAGGAAAAGUUUUUAUCAAAGCUUCAGAGAUGCCGAGCGUCCAUGCAGCAUUUGAAAAGAUUCUUCCAAUCCUACAACAGUAUAGGAAGAAGCCUGCAACCGCACAGGCUUUGGGAUUGCAAGUGAAGUGAUACUGUAUACAGCUUUGCUUUGGGUUUUUUGGUAAAUGAAGACAAGACAUACAGUUAGAUUCUAUUUCAGCUCUUGCUGAAAGUUCAUGAAUGUGGUGUAAUUUUGAUUGAAAUGCAGCCUGUGAAACCUCCGACUUGGUCAGCUUAACAAAAAACGUUCUGCAUGCAACACUGUAAAAGCGAUGUACACCUUACAUUCAGCUGGUUAAACUAAUG